AUGUCGACCGGUCAUGCAAACUCCACCGAGGCUACCAACGCCGUCGCCGCCGCCGCUCCCGAUAUGAUCCUCGCCAGUUUUGCUCUGCUCUGGAAGCUGAUUCUGCUCUGCUAUGGAAAUACGCUCUGCUCUAUAAGUCUGCUCUGCUCUGAACGUUCGCUCUACUCUCUUGGCUCUGUUCGGGCUGCAUCAGCUCCUUCCGCCACCACCGCUGCUUCAACCGUGGCGUCUGCCACCUCUGCUGCUGGUGCCUCCACCUUUAAUGGUGGUUCUUUUGGUGGUCCAACACCACUCCCUUUCAUGUUUGGUGCUAAUCAAAUGACUAUUGGAGGAGAAAGUUUCGUGCAAGGAACAGUUGGCCAAACUCCAUUUGGGUCAACGAUUGGUUCCACUCCAAGUGGUUCCAUGGGAUCCAUGUUUGGACAUACGGUUGGGGCCUUCGGGACCAACGUGGUGGGCUAUGGCCACAUGGCAGGGUCGAUGCCGACGCAACCCCCAAGGGCGAAUGCAACCGCCGACAAGCCACCGAAGUUCUGUGGCACCGACUUCAAGAGUUGGCGUCAAAAGAUGUUCUUCUACCUCACGACGUUGGGGUACGUGGGAUACUUGACGGACAACGAGCCGCCAACACCGGCAAAAAAUAAGACGAAUUUCACCGUUCGUGCGGCCUAUGAUGCAUGGCAUAAUGACGAUUUCCUUUGUAAAAAUUUUCUUCUAGGUGGUCUAGGGGAUAGUUUGUACAAAGUCUAUGUUGAUAUAAAGACCUCCAGGGCCUGUUUGAUAUGGUUCCUCAACCCAUUUUCACAUUACCAUUUUCGUAUAUGCCUCCACGACUCUCUCUCUCACAAACCGAAGCAGAAUUCAGGUCGUUCGCCGAUUUCCAUCUCUGCUGAUAUUCGAGGCGACGGCGGUAGGCUUAUCUCGUCGUCGGCAGCGGAACGAUUAAAAAUUUGGGGUUGUGUGGCCUCCUGUUCCUCGUUGUGGGCUCGAGCAACAUCUGGGAAAUUCAGGCUUCGGUCGAUUUCAAAAACCUGUUCAUCGUUGUGGGCUUGUGAAUCAUCUGGUUUUUCAGAGGCUGUUCCCGCGGAUUGUAGCGAUCCACGGUGGCGUUGGUUUAAGGGCUGUUUAGGUGCGUUAGACGGCACGUAUGUGAGUGUCACGGUAGGAAAUGAGGACAAACCCCGUUAUAGAACAAGGAAGGGGCAAAUUUCAACCAAUGUGUUAGGUGUUUGUGAUCGUCAUUGUAAUUUCAGUUACGUCUUGUCCGGUUGGGAAGGUUCGGCUGCAGACUCUAGGGUCUUGCGAGAUGCAAUUAGAAGACCUCACGGCCUUAAGGUCCCAAAGGGGAAGUAUUAUUUGUGUGAUAAUGGAUACGCGAAUAGCGAAGGCUUCCUAACGCCGUUCAAAAGCGUUAGGUACCAUUUGAAAGAAUGGGGACCGAACAAUGCACGACCUCAAAAUAAGGAAGAACUUUUUAAUUUGAGACAUAGUAAAGCGAGGAACGCCAUAGAGAGAGCUUUUGGAAUAUUGAAGAUGAGAUGGGGUAUCCUUAGAUCACCUUCUUUUUAUCCGAUUCGAGUGCAAAAUCGAAUUAUCAUGGCAUGUUUUUUAAUCAACAACUUCAUUCGAAAGGAAAUGCCCAUAGACCCCAUUGAAGAACAAUUAGAUGCCAUGCCCCCACAAAACGAUGCAAUGCAAGAAGAGGCACCCGAUGAAUUCGUUGAACAAGUCGAAAGUUCCCCUCAAUGGCAUGCGGCGAGGAAUGCCUUAGCCGAAGCUAUGUGGUUGCAAUAUGAUGGAGGACGCUCCUCAAUGUAGUUGUGGCAAGGGAACAAUGAAUCUCAAGUGCGCCGGAUACGGCUCAAUGAACCCGGGCCGUUUCUACUACAAGUGUCCAACGGGCAAAAACCAUUGGAAAGGAUUCCAUUGGUAUGAUGAAUAUCAUCGUUUGGGGAUGCAUGAAGUGCCUCGCCCGCCCGAUUCUUCGCAAAGCCAAUUCUUUAACCAAGGUGAUUUCUCACAUGUGCAACACAACGAGGUGAACGGAUUAGAGAUGCCGGGAGUGUGCUAUGGAGUUGGACCGCAUCGUGGAGUUUUUGAGUUCCUUAGGGCUGCGCUUUGGUUCACUGUUUUAGUUCUCGUUCUAGGCAUUUUGAUAGGCAAGCUUAUGUGACGUUUUUAUUUUUUGGUAUGUUGUAGUUGAAAGUACUAGUUUAUGGUUCAUUUUGGAUUUGCUUUUGACUUACUCGAUAUUUUGUUGCCAUUAUAAGACAAGUAAGGAUUUGAAUUUGAUUGUGUA